GAGGUUAGCGUUUUAUAGGUUAUAGAGGUUAUAAUUUGAAAGUUUUAUUAAUUUUGACUUACAUGUUCUAGAUAACUUUCAUUUUAUUGAAUUCAUAACUAUGUGUUGUAUUUCAUAAAAUAUCUCAGAGAUUGUUAUAUAAAUAAAAGUAAUACAUCGUCUUGAAUCAAAAGGAUUUUAUUAAAUACAGAACUAUGAAAAACUGUUCUGAGGAGGAUUUUAAGGUGUUGAGUGAUUGUGCAUCGCCGUUUGCUUUAGUUUAUGAUCCAUUGAAAGCGGGAAGUAUUGACAGAACUGACACUGAACCCCACGACAGAGCCAUCUCUCGAGCUUUGUAUUCAGAUUACAAGCCAAACAAAAAACUUUCCAGUGUACCAGAAAACACAUUGUUUGUUGCCAGAUUACAUAAGAAGACUACAGAAGAAACUCUCAUGAAAGAGUUUUCAGAAUAUGGACCGAUAAAAAGCUGUCACCUUGUUAGAAAUCUAGUGACCGGUGCUUCCAAGUGCUACGCGUUUGUGGAAUUUGUGAGUAAAAAGGAUGCAUCUUUGGCGUACAGAAGAGCAAACUCUAGUAACAUUGACGGCAUGGAAAUUCUUGUGGACUUUGAAUGUGAAAGACUUCUGCCAGGGUGGAUUCCACGCAGGUUAGGUGGAGGGUUUGGUGGUAAGAAGGAGUCUGGUCAGUUGAGGUUUGGAGGACGUGCAAGACCAUUCAAGAAACCCAUCAACAUGCUUUUUGAAAAAGAUGCUAAUAAGUCAUUCGGUAGAAGCAGGCACGAUAGGUCACAUAAACGUUCAAGAGAUCAUUCAGAAGAGAGAAGUUACCAUCGUACCAGGCGAUGAAUGUGUGAUCUACAAUUGAAUAUGAACUGAUAAUUUGCUUGUUUCCAUUAAAUUAAUAUACCUUACACUCCUAAAUCUUUAUAUUGAGCUUCAUUAUUUAUUUGUACUUGAAGAUUGAACUAUUGAGCUACUUAGAAAAUUUUGUAGGAAACGUUCUUUAAUUGUUACCUAUAAGCUUAUUACCACAGAAUACAAAAAGUCCUAUUCCGCUGGC